UUGUACUCCAUUUGGCACGUGGUGAGCUGAAAUCUCCGGCACACCGACUCCAACCCUAACGUAUUUAUACGCAAAUGCAAAGACGGCGAGAGAAAAAGAAACCCCGCACCACACCGUCGCCAAAUGGCGUCGUCGGAGAAGCGGUGCUUAUACGAAGUCCUCGGCCUCAGCCGCGACUGCUCCACCGACGAAAUCCGCUCCGCCUACAGGCGCCUCGCCCUCCAGCGUCACCCGGACAAGCUCGUUAGGAGCGGCCUCCCCGAGGCUGACGCCACCGCGGCCUUCCAGGAGCUCGUCAACGCCUACGAGGUUCUCUCCGACGAGCGCGAGCGCGCCUGGUACGAUUCCCACCGCAAUCAGAUCCUCUUCUCCUCCUCUUCCUCCUCCACGGCCGCGGGCGGCUCCUCGGCCUUCGUGCCCGAUUUGUUUUCCUUCUUCUCCAAUUCGGUCUACUCCGGCUACUCCGACUCGGGGAGGGGGUUUUACAAGGUUUAUAGGGAUCUCUUCGAGAAGAUUUACGCGAAUGAGUUGAAUUUCGCGAAGAAAUUGGGGAUGCCGCUGCCCAGGGAAGCUCCGGUCAUGGGCAAUUUGGAGAGUCCCUAUGUUCAGGUCACAGCAUUUUAUAGUUACUGGUUAGGGUUUACAACAGUACUGGAAUUCUUUUGGGCGGAUCAAUAUGAUGCUAUGGCUGGCCCAAACAGGAAGUCAAGGAGGUUAAUGGAAGAGGAGAACAAGAAGUUGAGGAAAAAAGCGAGAAGGGAGUAUAAUGAAACAGUUCGGGGAUUGGCUGAGUUUGUGAAGAAGAGGGAUAAAAGAGUAAUCGAUAUGCAAAUAAAGAGGAAUGAGGAGAUGGAGAGAAAGAGAGAGGAGGAGAAACAGAGGAAGAAAGAACUGGAGAGACAGAAAGCAGAGAAGGCUAGGAAUUAUGAGGAACCCGAGUGGGCUAAAGUAGAGGAUUUUGAGGAGGAUGAGAGUGAAGACGCCUUGGAGGAAAAGAAAAACGAAUUCUAUUGUGUAGCAUGUAGCAAGAAGUUCAGGAGUGACAAACAAUGGAAGAAUCACGAGCAGUCCAAAAAGCACAAAGAGAAGGUGGCAGAACUGCGGGAAGCAUUCCGUGAAGAGGAUAUGGAAUAUGAAGCAGAAGGGGGCAAAGUGGAAGAGGCUGAUGGAAGUGACAUUGGUUACUUGUCAGCAGAUGAUGGAAUGAGUAAAUUACAGGAGCAGUUUGAGGGAGGGCUUGGUAUUCAAGAAGACUAUAGUGAUGAUGGACAGAAUGAGUUCAGUGAAGCAGUGGAGUUCGAGGAUCCUAAAGACUUCAGUGGAAGGAAUGGAGUGGCCGAAGGAAUGGGACCAGAGGUAAAAGAUGAUGACGACAAUGAUGAUGGUGAUGAGGCGAGUAUCUUUGAAUCUAUGUUGUCAGGGCGUAGGAGUAGGAACAAAGCAAGAAAUCAGCCUAGGUCUCCGGCUACCAAAACUCAGAUGGAGUCUGAUGGUGACGAAUUGGAUUUCAUGGAGUAUAAUGACACAAAGGGUUCACGAAGUAACAGGGGACGCAGGAGGCGAAGAGGUAGAAGACAAGAAGAAGCAGAACUAGCGAAACCUAGCACUGCGGAGAGAAAAGAUAGGGCUGAGGAAGAUGAAGAGUGUGAUGAUGAUGCUGCGGAGUCAGUUUCCCAACCUUUACGAGAAUCUGAGACUAUCAGGACAACAGAUGAUGUAAGGGAAAAGGUUCAUAAGCAUGCAGAGCAAGCUGUAAACAAGAAAUUUACAGCAAAGAAAGAAAAUGCUUCCAAGUCGAAGGUUGCAUCCAAAGGAAGUAAACAGAAGGUUUCAAAAAGAGGUCCUGACAACAUAUGUGAGAAGUGUGGAGAAGAAUUUGAAUCCAAGAAUAAACUUCACAAACAUUUGGGAGAAACUGGUCAUGCCUCACUAAAACGUUAACGUAUGAUUAUCGAGCAGUCAUUUUCUAUUGCUGGAAUGAAGCUGCAGAAUAUUGCUCUUGCUCAAAGGCAUGGCCCUAAUAUUUGGUAUUCAUUUGUGCAUACGAGAAGCCAAUGAGAAGGUACUUAUCUCAAUUUGUGCAAUGCAAACUGGAGCCUUUGGAAGGUAAGAGCUUCAGUUUCUGAAUUUCUGCAGUUGCGAGAAAAUUCCAUGGACUGGAACUUAGUUGUAAGUAGUUUAAUAGGAAAAAUACUUUCAUCAUUGAUUCAUGAAACUUGGAUUUUUGUCAUAUAAACAUAGGGUCCCUAAUCCCUAUUGCAUCUAUAGUUACUUGUUAGUAUACGAACUAAUUUCUUAAUGAAGAUUUUCUCUA